AUGUCAGACAAACGGAGAGCAGAGAUCGAAGCAAAGCGUCUCAAGCUCGCCGAACUUCGCAAAGCGCGAGCAGACCGACAAAAGAACGACCUCGAAAGACGAGCAACCGAGGUAAGCGCACCCACCGCCGGCCGUCGAGAUGUCGAUUCCCUCAUUAAUCAACUCGUCGGCCCAGAAGGCAGCGGUAUCCUCUCUCCUUCCCCCCGACGCCUUCGCACACCCGACCUCGCAAGCCCAAUAUCUUCGAGCCCUGGGACACCAUCUGUCGGUUAUGGUGGAUACGGAGCGGGGCCCUCGGGGCUGGGAUUAGGCUCGGGGAGAGUCAGUAGAGGAAGUGAUUUUGGAUCGGAUGGGAGGGUUAGUAUGGGGACGACGUUGGCGCAGUCGGGAACGGAUAAUGUUGUUGAUCGGACUAUGACGCCGCGGUUCAUGCCAGACUUGAUAGACGUCGAGCAAGAACUGUUCGAGUUGCCACAACGGGAGCGUGUAACGUACAACAAAGAGAUCCAAACGACAGACUUUGAAGUCGACGCCACACCCUCGAACGAAGAAGAGAUCCGGGAACGCGUCUUGCGGGAACGUGAACAAGCAGACGCGGAACGAGCACGAGAGCAAGAGUUAGAAGAAGAGAGUGUACAACUUGACAAGGAGAUCGAGCAGGAGAUCCGAGACCUAACCGAGGAAGAACGGACGAGCAUAUUCACCGCGCCAGAGUUCUUGAACUUCGUGGAGCAGUCUUCAAAAAUUGUACAGAGAGCGCUGAACGACAGUUACGACUAUAUUCAGGAUUAUACCACAGGCGCAGAGACUGGCACAGACGACUCGGAAGGCAAGCGGGUCAAGAAAGUAUGUGCCUUCUGGGACGAACGAUAUUGCAAGAACAGGUCCAUAACGGAUGUCGACUGGUCGCCAAAGUUCCCAGAACUUAGUGUGGCAUCAUACAAUAAGAAUCCUGCUGCUCUGAAUGAGCCAGAUGGGAUCGUCGCCGUGUGGAAUUUGCACCUCCUCGAACGACCUGAGUUCGUUUUCCAUUCACAGUCCGACGUUCUCUCAGUCACCUUCUCUCCCUUCCACCCCAAUCUCGUCUUCGGAGGAACAUAUUCAGGGCAGAUUCUGCUAUGGGACACACGAUCGAAACAUCUGCCAGUGCUCAAGACGCCACUUUCAGCAGCGGGACACACACAUCCUGUUUACGCGAUGCAGAUGGUAGGCACGCAGAAUGCGCACAACCUGAUCACGAGCAGCACAGACGGCAUGGUUUGCAGUUGGCUCGUUGACAUGCUAGCACAACCUCAGGAAACGCUCGAGCUUAUCCACGCCGGCCACAACAAAACCGGCGAAGUCGCCAUCACGACCCUCGACUUCCCCGACAACGAAACCACCACAUUCUGGGUCGGAACCGAAGAAGGCAACCUCUAUCAAGCCAACCGCUACGACCGCGCCGGCGCCAAAGCAGGACUAAACCAGUACGACGUUUACCGCGGUCACUCUGGGCCCGUUAUGGGCAUGAGCUUCCACCCCAGCAUCGGGCCCGUGGAUUUCUCAGAUCUGUUCCUGACGUGUUCGGUGGACUGGACGGUUAAGCUUUGGAGGGCGAGGAGUCUGGCGAAGACGAGCGUGACGGCGACGCAGGCGACGAGUGUGGGCCCGAUUUAUAGUUUUGAGGAGGCGGAUGAUUAUGUGUAUGAUGUGAAGUGGCACCCUGCGCAUCCGGCGUUGUUUGGUGCGGUGGAUGGGUCGGGUAGGUUUGAUCUGUGGAAUUUGAACAUCGACACUGAGGUUCCCGUUGUAUCGACGAGCGUCAGCCCCGGACAUGCGAUCAACAAGCUGCAGUGGGAUCAUAAGGAUGGACGUCGAGCCAUCAUGGGUGGGAGUGAUGGCAGAUUGUACGUGUACGACAUCGGUGACAUGGCCAUCCCUCGAGAGACAGAGUGGUUGGACCUGCAGAAGACAACGACUGGAUUCGUUGGCUCCGGGCAUGUGAACGGUGUAGUUGAAGACGAGCGGAAUCUUCUGUCUCGUUCGACUUCGAGUCGACCGCUAUGA